GCGAACACCUCCUCCUCAUCACCUCCUCUACAAAGCCUCCCUCUCUCUCCAUGUCUGCUGCUGCGAGGCACUGUCUUUCCCUAACAUUCGAAGAACUGAACCCGCUCUGCCCUGGAAGAGCAGGAAGUUCCCCCAGAAGAGGAGGCAGGGGCCCAUCCUUUGCUGUCCAAGAGAAGGCCCCCAUCCGAGCCCAGCGCGGUCCCAGCGCCCAGCAGAGGGCGGCCCGCCCAGCAUCUGGGGGUGAUGGUUGAGUGGUUGAAUGGAGGAACCACAGGUAGAAGAGAAGGUGUGGGGUGCAGGGCCUCGGGGCCCUGGCGGAGAGUGGUCCCACCCCAGCAGGCGGGAGGGCGGGGCACAGUGGGUGGGCCCCUCCCGGUUUCCUCCUCUGGCUGCUGAAGCCAGACUCAGUCCUGGCUGUGUGCGAGGCAGCAUGGGCAGCCAGAGGAGAGGUGCCAGGAGCCUGCGGGGCAGGGAGGGGGCAGCCCCCACCAAGUGUGUGGUGGACAAGUGCUUUGACCCUCUGGUCCGAAAGUGCGUGGACUGCAGGCUCCUCCGGACGCCAGAACCCGGACCGGCCUCGCCUCCUCCCGACCCUCCCCCUCCCCGGCCGUCCCUGCCCCCUGCCCCCUGCUCUCUCUCCCCGUCCGCUCCGCCAGCAGCCGGGCCUGGCAGCCUGGCGCCGGGGACCGCGCUGCAGCCGCAGGAGUCGGUGGGCGCGGGGGCCGCCGCCGAGACCGAGGCCGAGGCCGCGCUGCCUCUGCCCGCGCUGCUCUUCGGCGCCCCCGCGCUGCUGGGGCUGGCGCUGGCCCUGGUCCUGGUGGGCCUGCUGAGCUGGAGGUGGCGGCGGCGGCGGCGCCUGCGCGCGGCGGCUCCCCCGGGGGACCCGGACCCGCACCCGCACGAGCCCCUGGACGAUGUCAUCAUCCAUCCCCCGAAACCCCUUGAUGCCACAGCUCCCGUCUGGCCUCCACCCAGAGAAGACCCAGCCAACACCCCACCUGCCCACAGCGUCCCUGUGCCAGCCACAGAGCUGGGCUCCACUGAGCUGGUGACCACCAAGACUGCUGGCCCUGAGCAACAGUAGCGAUGGAGGGGGCAGGAAGCAACCCCUGUCCUCCCUGUGAGCUGUCAGCCAGGGGCCUGGAGGUUGGAUUCGGCUCUUGACUGCAGCGCCCACCUGCCCCUUUUCUGGGAACCUGGCUGCUCCCCAGAUAACCCUGCAGAACCACAGACUACAGACCGCAGAAUUCAGACGGCAGCGCGUUGUAUGGCAUGUUAGCGUGUGGCUUAAAACCAGACCAUCUCUGGCCGCCGUCGAAGGUGGUGGCUGAGCUCCUGUGCCUUUGUGUGGCUGGGGCACUCUGUGUAGGAGGUUUUUCUUUAAGUGCAGGGAAGCCACCGUAAGCCAGAAUGAAUCUAGGAAAAUGAUUGAGUAGGAGGAUGCUUAAUUUGUAGCUGGGUGUUGUAUUUCUUUAAUACUUGCUCUCGGAGCUGUCCUGCUUUAAAGCUGAUGCAAAUGGCAGCGAUGAGUAACCAACUGAGGGGUUUGCUUCAGGGUUUAAUAGAAGGUGAUUUUGACAAA